GACGAGAUCUCCGUGCAGAAGUGCCGCGAAGCCGCCCGGCAGGUUCAGGGACCUGUUAUAGUAGAGGAUACCUGCUUGUGCUUCAAUGCCCUGGGGGGGCUUCCAGGGCCCUACAUAAAAUGGUUCCUGGAGAAACUCAAACCAGAAGGCCUCUACAAGCUGCUGGCUGGGUUUGAAGACAAGUCUGCCUACGCUCUCUGUACCUUUGCAUUCAGUACUGGAAACCCUGAGGAGCCCGUGAAGCUGUUCAAAGGCCAGACUCAUGGGCUGAUAGUGGAGCCCAGAGGCCCUCGAGAUUUUGGCUGGGAUCCCUGCUUUCAGCCAGAUGGCUACAACCAGACCUACGCUGAACUGCCCAAGGCCGUGAAGAACUCGAUCUCGCACCGCUACAGAGCACUGAGCGAGCUGUCUGCCUUCUUCCUUCAGAGCAACGCGACAGAGCCCAGUGCUGGUCCCAGCUAG